AUGGCGAAGAACGGAUCGCAGACCGAGGACUUGCUGAAGGGACCUCUAUAUGUUUACGACCUCCCCUCCAAGCUCUUGUCAAACCUGACAAUCAAAUCCAACUCGCAACCUGUGGUGACGGCUUCAACGGAGACGGUCGCUGCUACUAUCGAGCCUUCCGAUCGAGAAACUGCUAUUCCAACGUCAAACUCAUGUACUCUCUGUCAAACAUCUUUUCAAAAUGUGCAAGAACACCGUGACCACGCCCGAUCGGACCAUCAUCGAUAUAACGUCAAGGCACAACUGCGGGGCAACCGACUGCUGAACGAAGCGGAAUUCACCACGGCCAUCGGAGAAAUUGACGAGUCGAUAUCGGGUUCGGAAAGCCCGGAGUCGGAUGAAGAUGAAUUCGAACCUCAUGCGUCCGAUUCUAAUUUAGUGGCACUUUUGAAAAGACAGGCAAAAUUUUCUCAAGACGAACAAACGACGGCACAGCAAGAGAAAAAUGCGCUGAACAGGCAGCCUAUACUAUGGUUCUCUAACCCCGACCUCCCUCAAAACACAGCCUUGGGAGUAUACAAAGCGAUAUUUUCAAAUGAGGAACAACAAGAACCGGAGCAUAUCGUGGACUCAUUGCGGAAGAAACAACUGGAACCUAUCAAACGAGUGAACAAUACUGAUAAGGCUCCUUUGAAUUACGGGCCACAUAUUUUCAUGUGUAUGAUAGGCGGUGGCCACUUUGCUGCUAUGAUUAUCGCUCUCGCUCCUGAAGUACAAAAACGACAGGGUGGCAUCGAAGAACGUCAAGCCAAAGUUCUCGCGCACAAGACUUUUCAUCGCUAUACAACACGCAGGAAGCAGGGUGGCGCACAAUCUGCUAGCGAUGCAGCCAAAGGCGCAGCGCAUUCGGCUGGCUCAAGCCUAAGAAGAUAUAACGAGGUUGCAUUGGAAAAUGACAUACGCAGCCUCCUCAAGGACUGGAAAGCUAUGAUCGACACAGCACAACUCAUUUUCGUUCGGGCCACGGGGAACACUAACCGAAAGGUCUUAUUCGGCUCAUAUGAAGGACAAGUGCUUCGAAAUAAUGACCCUAGGUUACGGACCUUCCCGUUCAGCACCCGCCGUGCUACCCAAACGGAACUUAUGAGGUGCUUCAAGGAACUCACUCGAGUCAAAGUUAGCCAAAUUGAUGAGGCUGCUUUGGCCGCUGCACAAACAAAGCAACGUGAGGCGAGUCCAAAACCUGUCAAACCAGCUCCCAAGCCAAAAGCGCCAAAAUUAUCUGAAGAGGAGGAGGCUGCAAUGCUACAUACCUCACAAAUUCAAGCGCUUAUUCGUCGAUCGAAGGCGCCAGCUCUCUUGUCCUAUAUCUCAAAUAAUAAUAUUCCACCAUCUUUCAGAUUCUUCCCCGCAGAUGCACUUCAGAACCAUCAUGCACCUACUCCACUACAUCUUGCCGCCAACUCAGAUUCCCCUGCGCUAGUGGCCUCUCUUUUAACAAAAGCCAAACUUGAUCCUACCUUGAAGAAUGACGAGGGAAAGACGUCUUUUGACCUUGCUAAAGAUCGUGCCACACGUGACGCUUUUCGAGUGGCGAGACAUGAAUUGGGUGAAUCGGCCUGGGACUGGGAAGCGGCACAUGUGCCGUCCCCUGUAUCUCAAGCCGAAGUGAGCCAGCGUCAGGCCAAGGAGAAAGAAGAAGCCGCGAAAGAGGAAGCUAGUCGACGCAAAGCUGAAUUAGAACGAUUGAAAGGAGAAGAGGCCGCCAAUGCCGCUGCCGUGGAGAAGCGGAAGAAUGCGGGCGGUAAGAAAUUAUCCUCUCUAGACAAGACGCCUACAGAAAAGCGGGAAGAUGAAAUGCGUGGAAUGACGCCUGAAAUGAGGAUGAGGCUAGAAAGGGAACGCCGUGCUCGGGCUGCGGAGGAGAGAAUUCGCCGCAUGCAAGGAAGCUGA